UGUUCACAAAAAUUCACCAAAAAACACCAAAAAUUCUCCUYAUUUUCUUUCUUUUUUCUCCAAAAUGCCUCUACUUUCUCCCGAACAAAGAGUGGCAAUAGCAAUAGGAGUCCCUGCAGUAGCUCUCCUGUUGCUUUUAUGGUACAGAAGACGACAGAGGGCAGAAAUAUCGGACGAUGAAGACGACGAAGAUGAACAAGAAACGUCGAAGGUUUCAACUAUUUUUGAAACUAAGAUUGAAGUAAAAAUCCCUCAAAAUGUCGUUGGUUCUGUUAUCGGCCGAGGAGGAGAAAAUAUCAAACAGAUACAAAAGGAAAGCGGUGCUUAUGUGAGAUUUAAAGACGACGAGAAGGAGAAAGUUGAAGUUAGAGAUGAUUUUGAUGCAACUCCACGAACACAAGACGACAAAAUGAGAACAGUAGUGAUAAAAGGCGAGAGAGAAAAGGCGAAAAAAGCUGAAAUUAUGAUCAAAAAGGUUGUUUCUGACCAGCCUAAAACAUUUACAAUAGAUUAUUAUAUUCCUCAAAAGUCUUGUGGAAGGGUUAUUGGCCGCGGAGGCUCAACUAUCCGCCAUCUUAGUAGAGUAUCUGGUGCAAAGAUAACAAUUGACAGGAGUGAAAUAAGAAGUGAUGAACGUAGAAAAUGUACGAUAAAAGGUACUACUGACCAGAUAGCUAACGCCAAGGGACUCAUUGAUGAACAGAUUGCCGAACAUGAGCUCGCAAUGGCUAGGAAACCAUUAAAACAAAGCAAGACAUUAGUACAACCAAUACAGGAACAGCAAGCACCAAUAACCUCAGAAGAAGCACCGUCCUCGGCCAAGUACCCCAACACUUCUGACUACGAAGAGGUGUUCAUUUCUGCUGUGGAUAACCCAGGUCACUUCUGGAUACAACUGGUCCGCACUGGGGAUGCCCAGAAACUUGAUUUGCUUAUUGAUACUCUGACGAAUGACGCUGCAGCCAGCAGUGAAAAUGACGUUGUAGAUUCUGUUGAGGUUGGAAUGGUUUGUUCUGYGCCUUUCUCCCAUGAUGAUUCCAGAUACCGUGCAAAAGUCACUCAAAUCAACGAUGAUGGAACAGUGGCCUUAUAUUAUGUGGAUUAUGGGGACUCAGAUGCCGCAGUGCCCAAAUACAGGCUGAGAAAACUCAAGGAAGAACACUUGCAGCUACCCUUCCAAGCAAUCGAGUGCUACCUAGCAAACACUAAACCUAAAGAUGGUACCUGGGAAGAUAGUGCUACUGAAGUAUUCAAGAACCUAACACACUAUCCUGACUGGAAGGUCAUUGUGGUCAAAGCAAUCAAAUACUGUGGGGAUAUACCUUGUCUUGAUGUCUAUGACACGGUGACGGCACAGGAUAUUUGGGUCAAUGAUGAAAUGAUUAAGAGAGGAUUUGCUGUUGAGGACACAGGAUACCCACCACAACAACUUUCAACACCAGCAGARAGCAAAUCAGAAGGUAAAGAUGUGACUAAGAUAAAGAAAGAUGAAAACUUGUCCCACGAGAUGUCUUCGGUAACAAACAUCACCUCACCUCGGGAACAGUCCCCCCACGAUGAAAAAGAUGCAGGUGAGAGCCUGGAUCUACAUGYCAGCGGCCCAGUCUCCCCCGAGAAUUUCUCGCCAAUUAAGAACGCGAAAGUGAAAAGAGUUUCCAAGGACUAUAUCGAAACUGCUCCUAAAGGAGGAGCUGAGGCAUCAAUAGGUGUUAUUUCUGAAGAAGGAGCGCGGGAGGGACGUUCUGCAGUCAUCGAGGAGCCGCUAUUUCAAAUGGGAGCACAACCUCAAGUUGAAUCUGCACCGGAAGUAGCGCCUAUACCGGAAGUUGGAUCUUUAACGGAAGUAGAAUCCGCGCCGGAAGUUAAAUCUGUACCGGAAUUAGAGUCGUCCCCCGGAACAACUGGUAUGUACGAGUCAGAAAGUAUUUAUUUUCCUUCCUCGGGAAUGAAUCAAAUGUCAGGCGUUGAUUCAAAUACGUUAGAACCUAAACCGGGAAAAAAAGAUAUGGGCCAACCGGAAGAAAAAGAUAUGGGCCAACCGGAAGCAAGCGCUUCUAGUUUUUAUUCUCCCAAGAAAAAUACGUCACAGAUUCUCAAACCGGAAGUACAGGAAAUGAUCCAAAUUGAAGUGAGCAAGGCAUUUGAAACAGAGCUCACGCCAUCUCGCAACAUUGUCACGCAAUCUGCCGUCAGAGGUGGUAGUGAAAAUGAUGAUUCUGAGAGAGAGAAGCUUGAUGUUGCUGAUUCUGGGAUAGGCUUGAAUGAUAAAAAUGACAAUGAACCCAAACAUGUGGAAACUACUUUAAACGUCAGUGUGAACUCUCAGCCGUCAGUCCUUGUGAUUGACACCAAGGGUAAAGAUGAUACCAAUGAUGAUGAUGAUGAUGAUGAUGACUUAGAAACCUUUACUUCGACUUUCCAAAAACAAGUCCAGGCCAAAAAGACGUUCGUGUCAUCCGUGACUGUCACGUCAAACAAGCAAGCAGCUGUCACGCUAGUGCCCAGCUAUGAAAAGAAAGAAUACGUGACAGAAGUGUCKGGUGAAUCAUCCAAGAAGUCUUACGCUCAAGCAGUUAGGUCUUCAAAGGAAUUGAACCAAGAAGAAAUUGACUCUUUGCAGAAGUCUAUCGCUGGGAAUCAAGUGAAAGAGGGGGGACUGGRAACGAUUUCUGGUAACCAUGGCAACGUGUUUACCGUGCAACAAAUUGAAAUCCAAGCAAAACCCGACGGUGCAGUUGUCGUUGGUCCAGACGUCAAUCACGUGACAAAUAGAACCAAUGAAGAUGGAGCUUCUAACUCAACCAGUCAGACCGAACAAACCAGUUUGCCUACCAUGGAGRGAGUAACAAACGGAAGAAAAGCUGAUAGACGUAGUCCAGAUACUGUUGACAGCGAUUCUGAGUCCUACGUCAGUGCUCUAGAUGAACCAGCCUCUGACACUGAUACUACCAGUAACUACGAGACAGCCGCUGGCCCAACAAGUAGCAGCACCACGUCACUCGAUUAUAAAACAGCAGAUAAUGAUACUGAUACAGAUACGUUAAGAUCACCUGGAGAAGAGGGAGGAACCCCAGUCAACUCAGACAGCGAUGAUGAUGAUGAUGAUGAUGAGUACUAUGAUACCGAUGAUGAAGAUGACAGCGACGCUGGUGAUAAGACACCUAAGAGGAAAGCAUCUGAAGGGAAUGAUGAUGAAGUUACRCCUACCCAGUCAGUGAAGACGGCUGCGAAGUAUUUGUCGGAUUUGGAUCUCGGGUACCGAGGUGAUGCCGAAGAUACGACGGAAUCACGCGAAGAUCUACGAUAAUCAAACAUUUGGAUUUUGGGUACCGAGACAAUGCCGAAGAUUAGACGGAAUCUCUCGAAGAUCUACGAUAGUCAAAUAUUUGGAUCUCGGGUACCGAGGCGAUACCGAAAAUACGACGGAAUCAUGCGAAGAUCUACCACAAUCAAACUUUUUUUGUCCUUUGACUUUAGUACUAUUGCCAGUUUAACUUUUCAUUUCGUAAGUAAAACCCAAGUUUUUUGUACUUGGAAGUCUACCUGCCUCAACCCUCWCCCCUCCCCCUCCUCAAAAAAGGAAAGAAAAUAAUAAGCUUAAAUAAAAAGUCGAGCUAAUAAUGUUAAAAACUAAUCAUAAUGGCUCUUGACCUCAACAUGAAAAUGACGCUUUA